CGCUGCGUUCCCUCGCACAUCGCAGGCGGAGUUUGUAGCGCGACGAUGAAUAACUCCCUGUGCAAAUGAUUACAGCGCUUCAUCACACUCUGAACACAGCCGCACAAAUGAUUACAGCGCUUCAUCACACUCUGAACACAGCCGCACAAAACCGGACAUCUACUCGCCGCAAGAGUGUGAGCUGCUUGAAGCAAAGAGCCUGAGAUAUUUUGCGGAUUAGUAGCGUCAGAUACUCGAGAUGGAGAAUCUGUAAUAUGUAUUGAUCGAGGGCGCUGAGGAUGAAGAGUUUAUGUCUCCUGCAGUACCCUGGGGGAAAUUACCUGUGUGGUUUUUUGUGACGUGUGGAUUUACCUUUUUUUUCUGCCUAAACUUCUAUUUUUAUGGAUCUUGGGGAGAAAUGUAGAAAUAUCCAGACAAGCAGCACGAGACAACUGCAACAGCAUUGGGAGUAUUCGCUAUCAACAUCUCAGUGGGAUUAGCCCAAAGAGGAGGUCUUCCUGAGACGGAUAAAACGGGAAGCAAAAGACGAUAAUAAAUGACAUUUUCCAUCGACUUCGUCAGACAUUUGUGAAGGAACGUCUUGUCAGAAUGUUGUUCAAGCUGAAGUUGAUGCGCUCGGGGUGGGGUGGAAUCAUGGAUUCACGACACGGAGCGGUCACCAUUACCUUCUGUGCCUUCUUUAUGCAAGUGUUUGUGGAAGCUAGCUCAUGGUGGUCUCUAGCGAUGAAUCCCCUCCUGAUACCAGAAGCGUAUAUCAUAGGAGGACAGCCGCUGUGCAGUCAACUAGCUGGACUGUCUAAAGGUCAGAAGAAGCUUUGCCAGCUGUACCAAGAUCACAUGCAGUUCAUUGGAGAGGGCGCCAAGACAGGCAUCCGGGAGUGCCAAUACCAGUUUCGCAACCGCCGCUGGAACUGCAGCACAGUGGACAACUCCUCAGUGUUUGGCAGAGUCAUGCAGAUAGGGAGCAGAGAGACAGCAUUUACGUACGCUAUCAGUGCUGCUGGCGUGGUCAAUGCAGUGAGCCGUGCCUGCAGAGAGGGGGAGCUGUCGAGCUGUGGCUGCAGCAGGGCAGCGAGACCUAAAGAUCUGCCACGAGACUGGCUGUGGGGCGGCUGUGGUGACAACCUCAAUUAUGGAUAUCGCUUCAGCAAGGAGUUUGUGGAUGCACGUGAACGGGAAAAAACUUUCACCAAAGGCUCUAUGGAGAGUGCAAGACUGCUGAUGAACCUUCAUAACAAUGAGGCAGGACGGAGGAUAGUAUCAGAUCUCGCCCAUGUGUCCUGCAAGUGUCAUGGCGUGUCCGGCUCUUGCAGCCUUAAAACGUGCUGGUUGCAACUUGCUGAUUUCCGCAAGGUGGGUGACGCACUGAAGGAGAAAUACGACAGCGCCGCUGCCAUGAGGCUGAACAGCCGCGGGAAGCUUGUUCAAGUUCACUCCAAAUUUAACUCUCCUACCAGCAAUGACCUGGUGUACAUCGACCCCAGUCCAGAUUACUGCGUAGAGAACAAAACUACCGGCUCUUUAGGAACUCAAGGUCGCCUCUGUAACAAGACGUCCGAAGGCAUGGAUGGCUGCGCACUCAUGUGUUGCGGUCGAGGUUACGAUCAGUACAAGACACAGCUGGUUGAGCGUUGCCACUGCAAGUUUCACUGGUGCUGCUACGUCAAAUGCAAGCACUGUUCACGAACAGUUGACCAGUUUGUGUGCAAGUAGUAGCACGAGGCACGUAAUGAGAGCAUGUGAAAGAAGAUGAGAAGGAAAAACUAAAAUUAUUUUUAUAGAGCUGAAAUCAUUAUGAGACUGAUUGGUUUCUUGCUAUCAGUUUCUAAGUACUAGGUACAAGACAUCUAAACUGCAAAUAUCAUUAUAUAUUUAUUUUUUGAUAAAUUUGAUUUUGAAAUACUCUGAUAUGCAAUAUAAAUGAAAACAGCCUGGAUACAGAGUCUUUCAGUCUGGGCAUCGUACUGUACAUUCAGAUGAGAAACCACGCUGCAAAAAAAUAAAAAAUACUUUCCCUGUAAAAUAUGUCAACUUCAUUAAAACCAGAUCAUUGUAUUUGAGAAUAAGACUUGUUUUGAGAAAAUGUCUUAAAUUGCCAGUGGUUUCUAUUAUUACUCAUUUGACGCUUAUAAAACAAAAUUAAUCUAUUUGCUAAUGGGUUAAGAUAUAUACAUUUGAUUCACAAUAUAUUCUAUGAAAACAAGUUUUAUCUUACAUAAUUUUACUUUUCUAGUAAAAGUAUCUUGAUUUAGAAAGAACAAGAUAAUAAAGAAAUACAGUUGAAUUAGGUUAGAUCAGGUUAGGGAGAUAUAAACAGUGUGCAGCGGUGGGGCAUCUUCAGGACAUACGUGAGUUAACUGCAUAAGAAAACAUGCGUAUUUACUGUGUAAUUACCACUGUGUUCUUUAGU